ACUUAACAGAGUUGUUGUGUGCCGCGUCUCGUCUACUGCGAGGAUUUAAUUUUUGUUUUACUUCGCUUAUAAAAGCCAUCAUUUACAAUUCUUCCAAAGGCGGGCGAGAAGGAGGAAGAAGUUUAACCAAACAACACAAAGUUUCAUUAAAGCCGUGCCCGCAAAAACAGCUUCAAAAUUACUUACAAAACUUUAAAUUCCACACCCACAAUUGAAAACGCAUUUAAAAUGCGUUUCGAACCACUGGGCCAGAAAAUGUUUACACGACGAAAUUGGUUGCUGCGCUGCAGUAUACUUAUCAAUAUUGCUGUGAUUUUAUAUAUCUGCAGUCAUCUUAUGAUUGGAAAUCGUUAUACCCUGACGUCGGGUUCACAGUUUGUGAUACAGGAACAGCCCAGCAGUGCCAUGCAGCAGCAACAGCAGCAAGCUGAAAGGGGCAUGGUGCGGGAAGCAUUGGCCAAAAUGGAAAUGCUUGAAGAAAAACAAGAAGUUCCCAAGCCUCCCAGUGAAACUAAGGCUGAUAUAAGCGGCAACAGUGGUGGUGGCGGUAGUUCCCAUGACCUACAACAGCCGCCAGUUAAAGAUGCCGAUGCACCCCCUGAAAUGGAUCCCGAUAUUGGUGAUCCAGCCAAUGUCAUUGGCAAUAUUGGCAGCAGCAAUGCCGCCAAUAGCAAUUUUGUAAAUAACACAAAUGCUGCCGAUCCAAACUAUUUGGUGGGCGGCGAUGAAAAAGACUUUGACGAACGCUUGCGUAGCAUAUUGAAAUGCCACGAUAAAGCGUAUGAGGCCGAGACUCUACAACGUGGAGAUUUUUGGGUCUUAAAGAAUUAUGUUCGGGCCGAACAUGGUGAACUGAAGUGCCAUGAAUCCAUUACCUAUACCACACAUGCAGAUUAUACGUUUUUAGAUAAUCUGAUACCAUUGUUGGAAAGAUGGAAUGCUCCCAUCAGCAUAGCCAUGCAUGCACCCGGCACCGACUUCCAACCAACAUUGGAUUCCAUAAAAUAUCUAAGAGACUGCUUGCCCAAUAGUAAUUUAGUGCGCAUGUAUGCCACUUUCCAUAUAUAUUUUAGUACCAAACAUAUCCCCAAAACGAUACCCAAGUAUUAUGAUGCUCUUAAGGUGGGCUACAAUUGUACGCUGCCAGCGCCCUAUGUCAAUGUGACAUCGGGCCAUUUGUAUAAGACGCAAAAGAAGCUGUUGUACCCGGUCAAUGUGGGCCGCAACAUUGCCCGUGAUGCUGCCAUAACACAUUUCAUAUUGGCCAGCGAUAUUGAGUUGUAUCCGAAUCCGGGUCUGGUGAAGAAAUUCCUGGAAAUGAUCGCCCGCAAUGAGCCUUAUUUGAAUAGAAAAGCACCGCGUGUUUUCCCCCUGUCCAUUUUUGAAGUGGAGGACAGCAGUCCUGUGCCCCAUGACAAAACCGAAUUACAAGAGUUCCUGCGCUCGGGCAAAGCCAUACCAUUCCACAAACGUGUCUGUGCCAGCUGUCACGGCGUACCGAAAUCCAAGGAGUGGAUGGCUGCCAACGAAACUGACGAAUUAAGUGUCUUCCAUAUUGGAAAGCGAACCGGUUACUUUGUACACUGGGAACCGAUUUAUAUAGGAACCAAUGCCGAGCCCCACUAUGACGAGCGUCUGAGUUGGGAGGGCAAAAGUGAUAAAAUGACACAGGGCUAUGCCUUAUGUGUCCUAGACUAUGAAUUUCAUAUACUAGACAAUGCCUUUUUGGUCCACAAACCCGGCAUAAAGGUACUCAAAAAAGACACCCGUCGUGCCAUGCUGGCCGGCAAAACCAAUCAGCUGAUACGUAAAAUAAUCUAUCCCGAAUUGAAAAUUAUGUAUGGCACACGUACUGGCUGCGCCGUAUAGUGGUUAAUUAAGCAUAAAAGUUGAAAAACUUUUCAUGCUGUUAGUACUGCUACUCAGUUGUCAUCAUCGAUGUCGUCGUCAUCAUCCACAUCUACAUCAUCAUCCUCAUCGUCGUCGUCGUCGUCCUCUUCAUCCUUAACAUAUAGAAUAUGGAAUUGUAAAUCCCUUUUCGAGUUGAGCAACAUUUUUGGUGGAUGGUGGAAACGUACAAACUUCCUGUGGUAUUUAUGGCGUUUCUGGGAUUAGAAUUUUGGAGCGUUUAUUUCAAUUGGUUUCCGUUUCGUUUUUUUGUUAAGAUUGGCAAUUUAAAGUUUAAUUUUGAUAUUAAUGGCGCAUUUAUUUCAAAUGUAAUCCAUACUUGCAAAACAUUCCUUUAACUAUUUGAGAAAAAGUUUUAAAAAUUUACACGAAUCUUUUGCCAAACCCAAAUUGGCAAUAUUCACAAACACAAGAUGUUAUAGAUUGUCAAAUGAAAUAUUUUGGAGAAUUUAUUUGACUUUAAUUUUGCAUUUAAACUGAAUUUUGAUUUCCCUAGUUGUUUGUUUUAAGAUCUAAAGUUUAUAAACCUUUUUCGAAGCAAACCCUUAAAUUUUAAUAUUAAAUCUAAACUGGAAUUGUCAAUCUCUUUGCCAAUUGAAUUGUUAUUUCUUCAUAUAUAUAAAAAAACAACACCAACAAAUGCGAAAAGGGACAUAAUUUAUUUUUAUAAAUCUUAAAAAGAAACUUAAAUAUAAUUACCAAACAAAAAAGUACUAACGAAAUACAAAUUGUUGAAUAUUGAAUUCCAAACAAAAGAAAAACAAAAAAUAUUUUUGUAAACAAAAAGAACUUAGAAAUUAAUUAAAAUUACAUUGCAAAUGAAUGUAAAGAGAUAGAGGAGAAAUUUUAAUGCCACAAAAAAAGAAAAUGAAAAGAAAACAUGGAAAAUGAAAAGAAAACCCCAUUCUAGUAGCCAUACUGUGAAAGUGUUGAAUAGAAAAACCCAAACCAAGCUUCAAAUAGCAAUAGUAGUUUUGAAACCAACAUGUCACAAAAAUCAAUCACACACACAACUGUUUUUCAAAUUGGCUAUAAAUGUAAAAUUAAUCAAAAAAUAACUACCGCAGAAUUAUUCUAAUAUAAAUUUUGUGUUAUGAGAAAAUUGAAGGACCAAAAAACAAACUAAAAGAACGAAUGUAUACAUUUUUCUUGUGGUAUUUGUAAUAUACAUAUUUUUUUAGGGAAUUCUUUAAGAAUUCUUUCCAAUGAAAAUUUAUAGAAAUUGUAUUUUUUUAUGUUCACAUCGGUUUUUGAAGUAAUUUUCCUCAAUUUACGUUUCCUUUCUUCUUUAGUUUAAUUAGUAUUUUGUUUUUUCUUUUUUCAUUUUAAUUUUAGUUUAAUUAUUAUUUUGUAUUAUUUAUUUAUGUUAAUAAAACACAGAAAAAAAAACACCAACAA